AUGUCUGUUACCUGUUCAUAUCUAUCUAUCUAUCUAAGCCUGUUCAUAUCUAUCUAUCUAUCUAUCUAUCUAUCUAAGCCUGUUCAUAUCUAUCUAUCUAUCUAUCUAAGCCUGUUCAUAUCUAUCUAUCUAUCUAACCUGUUCAUAUCUAUCUAUCUAUCUAAGCCUGUUCAUAUCUAUCUAUCUAUCUAUCUAAGUCUGUUCAUAUCUAUCUAUCUAUCUAAUCUGUUCAUAUCUAUCUAUCUAAGUCUGUUCAUAUCUAUCUAUCUAUCUAAGUCUGUUCAUAUCUAUCUAUCUAAGUCUGUUCAUAUCUAUCUAUCUAAUCAUUCAUCUAUCUAUCUAAGUCUGUUCAUAUCUAUCUAUCUAUCUAAGUCUGUUCAUAUAUCUAUCUAUCUAAUCUGUAUCUAUCUAUAUCUAUCUAAGUCUGUUCAUAUCUAUCUAUCUAUCUAUCUAAGUCUGUUCAUAUCUAUCUAUCUAAUCUGUUCAUAUCUAUCUAUCUAUCUAAGUCUGUUCAUAUCUAUCUAUCUAAGUCUGUUAAGUCUGUCUAUAAGUUCAUCUAUCUAUCUAUCUAAGUCUGUUCAUAUCUAUCUAUCUAUCUAUCUAUCUAAGUCUGUUCAUAUCUAUCUAAUCUGUUCAUAUCUAUCUAUCUAUCUAUCUAAGUCUGUUCAUAUCUAUCUAUCUAAGUCUGUUCAUAUCUAUCUAUCUAUCUAUCUAAGUCUGUUCAUAUCUAUCUAUCUAAGUCUGUUCAUAUCUAUCUAUCUAAUCUGUUCAUAUCUAUCUAUCUAUCUAAGUCUGUUCAUAUCUAUCUAUCUAUCUAAGUCUGUUCAUAUCUAUCUAUCUAUCUAA